AUGUCGGGCCUUGACGUAGAGGCACUGCUCGACUCGACUGCCUCCACCAUCAAGGAGCAGCAGAACACCAAAUCCACGGCCAAUGGCGACUCCCCGCAGGAUGGCAGCCGCAGCGAACGCCGAGAAAACGAUCGGGACCGCGAUGGCGGCAGAGAUAGGGAACCCCGCGAUAGGAAGCGCAGAGAUCGCGACCGUAGUGCCGGCCGCCAUCGCGCUUCGUCCAGCGGCAGAGACACUCCCAGAAGCGACGCUGGCAGCCAUAAGAGUAGGCGCCGUAGCCGAAGCCGUGAUUCGAACCGCCGAGACUCACGUCGUCACAGAGAUGGCGACUACUAUCGCGGAAGCCGCCGUGGUGGCCGCUCCCGUUCCCGCUCCCCCAACCGCUACUACCGACCUCAUGGAGACGACCGCCGCGACCGCGAUCGCCCCAGAGACGAUGACCGCCGUCGCCAUCGUGAUGAUGACAGGCGCGGUGGCCGGACCAGCACUCCCCGCGACUCGCCCCCUCCCCUCACCGAGGACGAGCGCGAUCGUCGCACCGUUUUCGUUCAACAGCUCGCUGCCCGUCUCCGCACCAAGGAGUUGAAGGAGUUUUUCGAGAAGGUUGGCCCCGUUGCUGAAGCACAGAUCGUGAAGGACCGUGUGAGCAACCGCUCGAAGGGAGUUGGUUAUGUCGAGUUCAAGAACGAAGAUUCCGUUCAGGCCGCGUUGCAGCUUACAGGUCAAAAGCUCCUAGGUAUUCCCGUCAUCGUGCAGCUCACCGAAGCUGAGAAGAACCGACAAGUCCGCAACCCGGAUGCCACCGGCAACCACCCCAACUCCAUCCCUUUCCAUCGUCUCUAUGUUGGCAAUAUCCACUUCAGCAUCACCGAGCAGGAUUUGCAGAAUGUAUUCGAGCCCUUUGGCGAACUCGAAUUCGUCCAGUUGCAGAAAGACGACACUGGAAGGAGUCGAGGCUAUGGAUUUGUUCAAUUCCGCGAUGCUACUCAGGCCCGCGAGGCGCUCGAGAAGAUGAACGGGUUUGACCUUGCUGGUCGUCCGAUUCGCGUGGGACUUGGAAACGAUAAGUUUACCCCCGAAUCAACCGCCAACCUGCUGCAGAGAUUCCAGGGCCAGAACCAACAGUUCCAGGGAUCCUCGUUUUCUGGUGCCGGUGGCCGAGGCCCCCCGACAUCGAAUUUUGACCGUGCUGGUGCUAGGGACAACGAGAAGGGCACGGGCGCAAGUGCCUUGGACGACACCGACGUUGCCGGAGUCAACUUUAACAACUACAGCCGCGAUGCCCUCAUGAGGAAGCUGGCCCGAACUGACGAGCCUAUCAGCGCCCCCAGUGAUCGACAGGUCGCCAAGCCCAAGACUGAGAUCAAGCCCAAUCUCCCCAUCAACGUCAACAUGGCCAGCCGCUGUGUGGUUCUCCGCAACAUGUUUGAUCCUGCCGAGCAAGAAGGCGAGGACUGGGCCAAGGAGCUGGAGGAAGAGGUUCGUCAGGAGGCUGAGGAGAAGUAUGGGCACGUUGUCCACAUUUCCCUCGAUCCCAACUCUCCCGGCGACAUCUACUUGAAAUUUGACAAGGUCCAGGGCGGGGAGAAUGCGAUCAAGGGUCUGAACGGCCGGUACUUUGACGGAAGAAUGAUCACGGCUGCGCCUGUUGUAGACGCGGUCUACAGCAGUUUGUUCUCUCGCGUCAAGGCCAUCUAA